CCCAACCCUAUUUUUUUUAUACACUGUGUUUCUUUUCAUACUAAAGCAGAAUUUUAUACUGUUAGGUUCCUUUAGUCUUGCACCAAUCUUGUUUUCUCCUCUCACAAGCCCAGCUAGCCUAGCUAGCUCGCUCUUCGUCUCCCUUGUGCAGCUAGCAGCUUCUUCAUCAGCAGCGGCAUCAUGUUUGAUUUAGAUCUUGAGAGCUGGCUUUCGUAGACGACUCGAGUCGUUGUUUUUUCCUGAGGAAAGGAGAUCUAUCUUGUGAAAAAGAUUGUAUCUUUAGCAGCUUUUGUUGGUGCAGGGAAGAGAUAAGUUGGGAAUCUCGGCGAGCGCUAGAGAAAAAAAAGCUGGAGAUUGAAUAAAAAUCUCAUCUUUGUGUUUCGAGUCGAAGCUUUGAAGAAGAAGAGGAAGAAGAAAAUCUAAUAUCGAGGAGCAUAAGCUGGCAAACAAGUGGUGGGAGCGAGUCGAUGUGCCGGGGAUGGCCGGGAUGGAAUCCGGCACCCAGAGCGGCGGCGGUGGGGGCGGUGGUGGACCUUCACGCUACUUCCAACACCUCCUCCGGCCGCCGCAGCCGCCUCCGCCGUCGACGCACGUCCCGCCACAGGAUUCCAAGUCUUCCCCGGAGAAAAGCCCUAAGCUUUCCCCUGAGGAGCAUGGGGACCAGCCGCCUUCUGACUCCUCCCCGGCCGGGACAUCUGGAGGAGGGGGUUCUGUUCGCCGCGCUCGGGGCCGCCCGGCGGGCUCCAAGAACAAACCGAAGCCACCGAUCAUCGUGACGCGGGACUCUCCCAACGCGCUACGUUCGCACGUGCUCGAGGUCACCGCCGGCGCCGACGUGUUCGAGUGCAUCACUGAGUACGCCCGCCGGCGCGGCCGCGGCAUCUCCGUCCUUAGCGGCACCGGCUCCGUCACCAACGUGUCGCUCCGCCAGCCCGGGGCCUCUCCGCCGGGAAGCAUGGUGGCCACUCUGCGCGGCCGGUUCGAGAUCCUCUCCCUGACAGGCACCGUCCUGCCUCCGCCGGCGCCGCCAGGCGCCGGCGGCCUCUCCGUGUUCCUGGCGGGAGGGCAAGGCCAGGUGAUCGGCGGAGGCGUCGCAGGGCCGCUUGUGGCCACGGGGCCGGUGGUGCUCAUGGUGGCUUCCUUCGCCAAUGCGGUGUACGAGCGGUUGCCGCUGGAGGGCAGCGAGGAUGAAGAGGCCGCCGCGGCGGCCGCUGCACCAGGGCAACAGACAACUAUAUCUCAGACUUCCGGCGUGACGGGAGGCGGCGAAGGCGGCGUCAGCGGUGGAGGCAGCGGCGUCCCGUUCUAUAACUUGAGCGGCGGCUACCAGCUCCCAAAUGACGCCUUCGGUUGGGGUACUGGUGGAGUCAGACCACCAUUUUAAUCAAUUCUAUUUCUCUUUUUCUCCCAUCUAUUUCUGUUCUCUCUCCUUCUACUAAUUAAUCAUUGCUGUGGAUUUGUGUUCUUCCUCUUGAACGAGCUACGCAUCAGUUCUUUCCACGAAACAGGUUCGAAAUGUAGUAUUCAUUGUACUCGUA